AACCUGCUGUCAGUAUAAAUUUGAGAAGAAACGCGAUGGCUGCUUUCCCUGGGAAAUUAAAAAAUUCUAAAAUAUUUAAGAAAAUUCGAAGCAAGUUAAAUCGGCGUGUUAAACCUUAUGUAAAAUUGAAAUAAAGCCUAAUAAAAUUAUGUACAUCUUUGAACACGCAUAGCACGACAUUACUAGGCUAUGCCUUUUUUCUGAUCUAAUUUGCAUACAACGCAAAAAGUGAAUGUGGAAAAAUCAAUUUGUUGGCAAAAAAAAUUAAUAAAGGAAUAGUGAACUUUUUGUGUGUAUACUUUUCUGCAAACCCGUCAAGUGUUUCUCUUUUAUUAAGCAACACAACAGAAAAAGUGUAAUGUGAAAAAAAUUAUAGAAAAAUCGAUAAUUUCUUAUCAAUACCAUAAAAAAUCGAGUGCAAGCAGUGAAUUUGAAAAUUGAGAAAAUGUAUUAAAAAACAAUUGCAUUCUUUGUAUUUUUCGAACACACAAAUAUACUCAAAUAUUCUCAACUGAGCAGCUGCAGAGCAGCUCCAAUUGGCAGAAUUCCUUUUGGCAUAUCAAGUAAAAAUUUACCAAAGAAAAUUAAAUAGCAGGUUAACUUAAAGAGCAACCUAAAAGAAAGACACGGAAUAAUAAGAAAUAACUACAAACUGCUGGGGUAACCAACAGGCAACAAUAAAAUGACAUCAAGACUUGAUCGUUUAUUUAUAUUACUGGAAUCAGGCUCGUCUGCUGUGACACGACGAGCUGCAGCAAAACAAAUUGGCGAAAUUCAAAAGUUAUACCCUCAUGAACUGCAUGCGCUAUUAAAUCGUUUGAUUGGCUAUUUGCAUAGUACAUCAUGGGAUACACGUAUUGCAGCGGCACAAACAGUCGAAGCAAUAUUAGCAAAUGUGCCGGAAUGGAAACCCGAAUUAAAUGCCAUAAAACGUGAAGUGAAAAAAGAAGAGAAUGUAGCGGCGGGUGAUGAGGAAAACAGUUGUCAAUCGAAUGCAUCUUCAACCACAACACUAACAUCGGUAUCGGCAAAUAGCGAUUACUACAAGGAACGCUAUUUAACGUUUAGUGAAUUUAAUUUAGAGCAAGUUUUAAAAAAAGGAGCUCGUCUCAUCGGUUCAGAGGGCAAUGAAUUCGAUUGUAUUGAAGAUACAGCAGGUAUUGGAAAUGCUGAUACAGCUGCCGAGCGUUUAAGUCGCCAACGAGCCUUACUAAAUGAAAAGUUGGGCUUAACACAGGCUUCAAAAUUGGGCGUCAACUUAACCGACAUGAUAAGCGAUGAAGAUAUGAUGCGUAGUGGCGGCAACUAUAAUGUUAAUGAAGAAAAAGUUCCCGUCGAACAUAUACUCAAUAUUAAACCAAAUAUUCAUUUGAUUCCAUCUAAUGGUCAACAACUAAGUUGCCGAGAAAUGAAUCGUGCCAAGAGAAAGGCUCGACAGAAUGCAACUGCAAGCAGUACAACAACUUCAGCGUUGGCAACGGCUAGUAGUAGUUCGAAUUCGGCGAAUGGUUCAAUGGAUGAGCCGGAAAAGAAAAGACAAAAGACUGGAGAAACACAUAGACAAGAAAUUUUCUAUAGUUUGAAUGAUCCUGUUCCCGAUGCUACCGGAAUGUGGAUCGAUGCGAUACACUGGCCUUUGGAAAACUUUUGCGCCCGUCUCUACGUUGAUCUCUUUAAUGCAAAGUGGGAAGUACGUCAUGGCGCAGCUACUGCUCUGCGUGAACUUAUUAAUCAACAAGCGGGGGGAGCUGGAAAAAGUUUAAAUAUGACAAUAGAGGAGAUGCAACAUUAUCAUAAUCUGUGGUUGGAAGAUGCUGCUUUGCGUUUGCUUUGUGUCUUGUGUUUAGAUCGUUUCGGGGACUUUGUUUCCGAUCAAGUCGUGGCACCCGUGCGUGAAACUUGUGCCCAGGUUUUGGGUACGAUUGUCAAGGAAAUGGAUGCUAAUAAAGUUCACGAAAUUGUUUUUAUUUUACGUACUCUUCUCAAGCAAAGUGAGUGGGAAGUACGUCAUGGUGGUUUAUUGGGUUUGAAAUACGUUUUUGUGGUUCGUGAGGAUUUGCUUCAAAUAUAUUUGCCUCAAUCUAUAUCCGACAUACUAAUGGGACUCUUUGAUACGGUGGAUGAUGUUGGUGCAGUUGCUGCUUCAACACUAACACCAGUGGCCUCAUGGCUACCAAAACUUUUGAAUCCAACACAAGUUUCCUCGAUUGUUAAAAUGCUGUGGGAUUUAUUGCUCGAUCAAGAUGAAUUGACUUCAGCUAGUAAUAAUUUUAUGGGAUUGUUAGCUGCCAUAUUAUGUCUUCCAAAUGCAUCCAUGUGGAUACAAAUGGAACCAAUGUCUACCUUAAUACCUCGCUUAUGGCCAUUCCUUUCGCAUAGCACUAGUUCGGUGCGUAAAUCUACCUUAGUAACUUUAGAUACGCUCACCAGAAAUACAACAAUGAAGGACAAAAAUACAGCAGUAAAAUUAUGUGGCUCUGAGGGAGAUUCUAAUACUGUUGCCGCUGUAUCCUCGAAAUGUGCUGAAAACUUUAGUUUUGAUUCUAAGAAUCUUAGACUUAAUUUUGGAGUUAUAGACUGGCAAUGGAAAUUAUUGCAAGAAGCCUUAAGGCAUGUUUUUCAGCGCAUUCUAGUCGAGCCUCAUGAAGAAAUUCAACAAAUGGCCAGAGAUGUUUGGUUAAAUUUAAUAGCAAAUGCUGAUUUGGGGGCCCUCUUGCAUGCUGCUUGUCCUUUUGUUUCCUCAUGGAUAUGCUUAGCUAUGCAGCCGCCUCGUUUAUCUUUUGAUCCAUCAAUUCUAAUACAAACCACCAGCGCAGGGGGCGAAACAAGUGAUCCAACUACACAUCGCAAGCGACACCAUAAGCUAGCUGAUGAUUUGGGUGGCUCAAAUCCAACUGCAUCCCUAAAACUGUAUUUAGGUGGCAGUGAAUCAACACCCAUCGAAGUAAGAGAAAAGAACUAUAUACGUGCUCGUGUAACGGCAUCUCGCGUUUUGGGCUCAUUAUCGCAUUACUUGGUCAAGCCGGCACCGGGUGUAAUCUACACCGCCGAAACAGAAAGUCCUAUGGAUUGUUAUACCAAAGUUUUAUUGGGUCAUUUAAAUUCGCGCUCUGCUGUACAGCGCUUAGUGUGUGGCCUCAUUAUAGCAUUUUGGGCCAAGAGUGACCCUUCCAUAUGUCCCGGACCUUCCCAGCUACAAGACAAAUUACGUUACUGCAUAAUGGAAUAUGUGUACUAUGAUGAAGUAGCUGUUUCACUUACAAGACUGCAUCAGGAGACUCAUGAUUUUAUUGCCACGUUAAAACAAUACAAAAUACCCAUCAAUGAUUUUGGUCAAGCCAAAGUGUUGACACUGGAUCAAAUUGAAUCAGUAGCAACGACUCUUACUGCCGAUUUACGUAAAUACGCACUGAAACCGAAAAUUCUUCAAAUGUUAGAGGAACGUCGAAAUGGUUUACAAAGUUCAUAUCAGCAGACUUCAGCAGAGCAGUCGGCGUAUAGUGUAAGCACCCAAGCAGCUCUAGCAGGGGCCAUUGUGUAUUUGAAAUGCCUUCCAGAGAAACUUAAUCCAGUAGUCAAACCUCUAAUGGAAUCAAUUAAACGAGAAGAAAGUCAGCUAUUGCAAGAACUCUCUUGUGAGUUCUUAGUACAGUUUAUGGCGGAGGUUUGUGAUAGAAACCCUAGUCCAAAUGGCAAAUUAUUAACUAAUCUAAGUACAUUACUCAAAAGUGAUACCGAAUUUACUCCAAAAAUAUUAAAUCCUAGUGUAUCUUUAAAGGAAUCACCUGUCCUUACAAGUGCGUGUGAUAGCAACUCUUGUAUCUAUUAUGGUAUUUUAACAUUAAGUUUACAACAACACACGCCAACAUCCACUAAUAGGUCCAAUUCAGUAAACGUUGGAACCAAUGCUACUACUGCAGUCACUACACCCAGCACUUCUCGUGGUCCUGGCAGGCCACCCUUAAGUGAAACAUUGGCUGCAACCGCUGUUAGUGAGAUAACUUCAAAAGUUUCACUCACUGAAGUUGAAAUGAAAAAGUGCCGCAUACAACGUUUGGGCGCCACCGGAGCCAUUACCAAAUUAUGUCAGCAUUUCGGCAGUAACCUGUUGGAAAAGAUACCUAUCUUAGAACAGUUAAUGUUUCACAAAAUCGAACAAUUCGUGAGCGCUUUUCCGAAAAUGGAAACUCUUGCUGAAAUUCUCAUAGAUGUAGGACAAACAAACGACUUGAUGACCUCGUUACAGCUUAUUGAAAUAGCUGCGCCCCAUUUCCAUAGCGAUUUGCAUGAAAAACUAUUUCAACUAUUACAACCUUUGGGAAAAUUCAUUGGCCAUCCCUUAAAAGCUGUACGCCACAUGGCAUCCAGAUGUCUGGCUACUUUGGCCCAUAUAGAUCCCUGUCGCAUAAUGGAUUUUGUUGUCAAUCAUAUAUUAAGUUUAUUGCAAAAGAUUGAAAAUAUAAUUGAGCGCCAGGGCGCUAUAGAGACAAUAGAAAGAGUAGUGGAAAAGUUGCAAAUACGUAUUGUUCCGUAUAUUGUGUUGCUCGUAGUUCCACUUUUGGGAGCUAUGAGUGAUAAUGAUGAAUGUGUACGUCUGCUUUCGACUCAUUGCUUUGCUACUCUCAUCCAAUUAAUGCCUCUAGAUACAACAGCUGCAACCGCUAGCAAUGGCAUUAAACAUGAGCUAAAGUCGGCCGAUUUGCAAGCACGCAAAUCUCGGGAUAGAGAAUUUUUGGAUUAUUUAUUUGCACCCAAGACUAUACCAAAUUAUAAAGUACCGGUUCCAAUUUCGGUGGAAUUACGAUCAUAUCAACAGGCUGGCAUUAAUUGGCUGUGGUUUCUCAACAAGUAUAAUUUACAUGGCAUCCUAUGUGAUGACAUGGGUCUGGGUAAAACUUUACAAACCAUUUGUAUUCUAGCAGGUGAUCACCAUCAACGCGCCAUAGAGAAAUGUAACAAUUUACCUAGCUUGGUUAUUUGUCCUCCAACUCUAACUGGUCACUGGGUUUAUGAAGUGGAUAAAUUCUUAAAAGAUCCAAAAACUCUCAUACCAUUGCACUAUGUGGGUUUGCCCAGUUGUCGCGAAAGAUUGCGCAGUUUUAUUGGUACCAAAUGUAAUCUGAUCGUGGCCUCCUAUGAUACUAUACGUAAAGACAUUGAUUUCUUUAAAACCAUCAAUUGGAAUUAUUGUGUUUUGGAUGAAGGUCACAUCAUUAAGAAUGGCAAGACUAAAAGUUCGAAAGCUAUUAAAAUGCUUAAAGCAAAUCAUCGUUUAAUACUCUCUGGCACACCCAUACAAAACAAUGUACUCGAAUUGUGGUCUCUAUUUGAUUUCCUAAUGCCGGGCUUCUUAGGAACUGAGAAACAAUUUAUCGCCCGCUACUCUAGACCAAUUUUUGCAUCGCGAGAUGCCAAAAGUUCGGCCAAAGAACAAGAAGCCGGUGUUUUAGCCAUGGAGGCCUUACAUCGACAAGUUUUGCCCUUCCUACUGAGACGUGUCAAGGAAGAUGUACUCACUGAUCUACCGCCAAAGAUUACUCAGGACUUGUUGUGUGAAUUGAGUCCCUUGCAGGAGCGACUAUACGAAGACUUUAGUCGCACACAUCUCAAUUCGGAAAUUAAGGAUUGUCUCGAAAAUGGCGGUGAAUUUAGUGCUAAAACACACAUAUUCCAUGCUUUGAGAUAUUUGCAAAAUGUAUGCAAUCAUCCUAAAUUGGUGUUGACACCAAAGCAUCCAGAGUUUGCUCGCAUAACGCAAGAAUUAAAUCAGCAACAAAGUUCUUUAAAUGAUAUUGAACAUUCGGCAAAAUUGCCAGCAUUGAAACAACUUUUAUUGGACUGUGGCAUUGGUGUGCAAACCGAGUCGGUGUCCCAGCAUCGGGCUUUAAUUUUUUGUCAAUUAAAAGUCAUGUUGGAUAUUGUAGAAAAGGAUUUGCUUAAAAAGCAUUUGCCUACGGUAACAUAUUUGCGUCUCGAUGGUAGUGUGCCGGCUUCAAUGCGUCAAGAUAUUGUUAACAACUUUAACACAGAUCCUAGCAUUGAUGUACUAUUGCUUACAACACAGGUUGGUGGUUUGGGCUUAAAUUUAACUGGCGCUGAUACUGUUAUAUUUGUGGAGCACGAUUGGAAUCCUAUGAAAGAUUUACAGGCCAUGGAUCGUGCCCAUCGCAUUGGCCAAAAGAAAGUAGUCAAUGUGUAUCGUUUGAUAACACGCAAAUCAAUGGAAGAGAAAAUUAUGUGCUUGCAAAAGUUCAAAUUACUCACCGCCAAUACCGUGGUUAGUGCUGAGAAUGCCAGCUUGGAUACCAUGGCAACUGGCCAAAUAUUCGAUUUGUUUAAUCUAAACGAACGGAAUAAGAAUGGCAAUGAUAAAACAAAUUCGAAUUCAUCGACUGCAGGACAAAUGUCUAUGAAUUCGAUUAUAGAAAAUCUUCCGGAAUUGUGGUCUGAACAGCAAUAUGAUGAAGAAUAUGAUAUGUCUAAUUUUGUGCAAGCUUUGAAAAAGUAAUAAGCACUUAGUUGACUUGUUGACAUACAUUUAUACAAUUUUUAUAUAUUUAAAGAAAAAAAACUAUCAUGUUUUCCUUUUAUAAUGAACUCCUGCUUAUUUUCGUUUUAAAUUUUUUUAUCAUUUUCAUUUUUUUUACUUGAGUUACAAAUGCAGUCUCUGCACUAGUAAUUAUAUAUAAACGUAUUUUUUAGUAAACAGUCAAUAAUAAAAAAAGUUUAUAAUAACAUUACUACUAAAUCAUAAAAUGCUGUAUUUAUUUUGUCAUUUA